AAGAAAUAUCUCCUUUUGAGGUACACGAGCUUAUAACUAUCAACAACAAUCGGGUAGCCAUUGAUGGCCAAAGUAUGGUGCUAAGAGAAUUACAUGAUGAAUUCUAUGCGAAGCUGCAUUCUGCUGACUACUACAUGAGUAUUACCAUUGAGGAAUCAAAAAUCUUCAAAAUGAACUCAAAGCCAAACAAACCUCCUUUUUCUUGAUA